AGUGCUCCCACGAAUACGAAAUAUGCACGAAUCUGCCCAAUUGAGCAUCUAAGCGAAUAAAACCUAAAAAAAAAAAUUGAGUGACAAACCCAGCGAUAAUUGUGAUUAAUAACAACAACAACCAUAACGAGAUACGAACGAAAAAAUUAAUAACAAUUAAUAUACAUAAAUAAGCAAGUGCAACAUUAUUCAUUCCACAAAGUCAGUGAUUACCUCAUCUGUGUGAAAAUCAAACCAACAAAAUGGUAUCAAAAAGCAAUAAAACAAAACAAGUGUCGCAGUCGCAGUCGCCGUCGCAGUCGCCGUCGCAGCCAGCGCCGUUAGACACAUCAAGCACAACCAGAUCGGCGUCGGCGUCAGCGACGAAACUGACCAAAAAACUGGGUCCGAAUGCGACGGCAACAUUAACAACCAACACCAGCUCGACGUCAAUGGAGCACGAAUCUGUCUCGUACGGCGGGGCGCCUGCCACCACCAGCAGCAGCACCCCCGACGCGGCCGUCCAGGUGCAGCGGGAAGGUGAAAGUCUGCUGGCAGCCGGUGGGAAAAGCUACAGUUCGUACACGGCGAAAAGUCAAACGCAAUCACAGUCGCAGCUAUUUAGCAGCAGCAGCACGAGCAGUGCCAAAAUCUCCAAGGAUUACGCAAACGAGAAGAUCAUUUCGUCCAUUGAUCUGCUGGAGAGCGAGAAAAAGGAACCGGUCUUCUCGGUACCGAUUGAGGUGGUCGAAAUCACAACGCCUGGCAUUAUAACGUCCACCAGCGCUGGCAGCAUAUCCAAAAUGUAUGCGUCCACAUCAAAAAUGUCCAGUAGCCGCCAGGAGGCGAGCAGCUCCAGUUACUACGAGUCGACAACCAGUUCCAGCCAGCAACAGCGCAGCGAUGCCAGCGAAACGCUCAUUGCAAGCGAGAGAGCCGCUACCGGUAUGACAUCAUCGAGCAGUAAAUAUGUUGAUGUGGCCGAACAGGUUGUCACAGAUAGCACCAAUACCAACACAAACACAAACAUUACCAAUACCAACACCAACACCAGCGAAUCUCAGAGCGUGCCAAAGUUGAAGCUGCGAACAGCUGUGGGUGUCUCCGGCGAUUCGUCAUCGACAACGAUGACGUCGCGCGAACCGGUCGCGACCACAACAAACGGCACGACGUCAUCAACGACUAUGCUGAAUGCCUCGCUCGAUAAGCUGGCCAGCAGCAGCAGCACAACAGCUGUGGACAGAGCAACCUCGUCGACGACCAAGUCCAGUAGCAAGCAGGUCAGCAGCGAGGAGAGUACACUGAAGCGCAGCAGCACGAAGCAAUCGACAUCUGCCUCGAAAAAGGAGGUGUACGAUGUGAAGACAAAGACCUGGAGCGAGUUAAGCGAUGGCAGCACGCACGCCAGCAACAAGAAGGUGCCCACGUUUGAGCGUUAUGUGAGCAGGGAUUCCGAUGGCACCACCAAAAUCACAUACAAGAAGAAGAUCUAUGACAGGCGCAACAAUCGAUGGCGCGUGGUGGAUGAACGGACCGUGGACAGUGUCAACGAUGUGGGCUAUCCCGAAAUAGUUGAUGAUGUCAUCAAUACAACAACCACAACAUACACGACCAAGGUGUACGACACAAAGCUCGGUAAAUGGACUGUCGUGGACGAGAAAUCGUACACCGAUACGAAAGCUUUUGUGCCCAAUGACAUUGCUCGUGAAAUCGAGAAAGAUAAUACCGAUGUGGCCAACAUAACGACCACCACGGAGGUGACAAAGAUAUUCGAUGCGAGCAUUAAUGAUUGGCGUGUACUGGACGAGAAGGUGCACACGGAUGUCAUUGAGAAGAUUGUGGAGACGCCCAAGAAGACCAUAUAUGUGGAUGAGUUUGUGGAAAUCGAGAAGAAUACAUCAAUAUCGGAGAACAAUGAGAAUAUCACGCUGAAUCUGAACGAGACAUCGAAACACAAAAAUAUUACCGAGAAUAUUUAUGAUGAGAUCGAUUAUGUGCGCACCGAUAAGAAACGCUUAGACGAUUCAAGAAGCCGCGGAGUCGAUAAAAACAAGACAACAACACACAGUGAGAGGUGCAUCUGUGAGAUAUGUACUUGCGGGCGUCAUCAUUGCGCUACCAGCACAAAGAAAUCUACAGAAACGACAAUUGUGGAAAUAGAUGAUAACGUCGACGAAAGCUUUACAAGGAUACGUACUAACACAUGGUCUAAGAAAGACGAUAACAUUCCUAAGAAGAGCGAAGACAUAUUUGUAGAUUAUGUAGUGAUAAAAAAACCAGAAGACAAUCUAAAACCCGAAGGAGAGUUUUUAGUUCCGCAAAAAGAGCCCUACAAGCCCGGCGAAAGACGCGAAAAAAUUAUACACACUGAUAAUCUACGUAUGGAUGGAGAAAUGACAUUUGUCGAAAAAGAGGAAUAUCAAUACGUGACACGUCCGGGAUACGUAAAACCUACAGACAAUCUGAAGCCAGAGGGCGAAUUUUUCAGUCCCGAAAAACCCAAAUAUCAGCCGGGAGAUCGCCCAAGCCAAGUGCGACACGCGGACAACUUGAAGCCGGAAGGGGACUUUUAUAGUCCAGAAAAAACCGAAUUCCGCCCUGCUGAGCGUCCAUCGCAAGUCAGGCCAGAAGAUAAUUUAAGACCCGAAGGCGAAUUUUACACUCCAGAUAAACCUGGAUAUAAGCCAGCUGAACGGCCAACUCAAAAGAAACCUAUGGACAAUCUUAAGCCAGAGGGCGAGUUCGUAACACCUGAAAAACAAGUUUUCCGGCCAGCUGAGAAAACGGAAAGGGUAAUCAGAAAAGAUAACCUGCGUACCGAAGGGGAAAUGACAUUUGUGGAGAAGGAAGAGUAUCAAUAUGUUGUUCGUCCUGAGCAGGUUAAGCCGACUGAUAAUCUAAAGCCUGAAGGCGAAUUCUACAGUCCCGAAAAACCGAAGUUCCGACCUGGCGAGCGUCCAUCUCAAGUCCGGCCGGAGGACAACUUGAAACCAGAGGGAGAUUUCUACACUCCAGAUAAACCAGGUUAUAGACCAGCUGAGCGUCCAGAGCAGGUUAGGCCUACAGACAAUCUCAAGCCUGAAGGCGAAUUCUACAGUCCAGAAAAGACAAAGUAUCGCCCAGGUGAGCGUCCAUCUCAAGUCCGGCCAGAGGAUAACUUGAAACCAGAGGGCGAGUUCUACACACCCGACAAACCAGGAUACAGGCCAGCUGAGCGUCCAGAGCAGGUUAGGCCUACAGAUAAUCUUAAGCCUGAAGGCGACUUCUACACUCCCGAUAAACCUGGAUACAGACCAGCCGAACGUCCAGAGCAGGUUAGGCCUACGGAUAAUCUUAAACCUGAAGGCGAAUUCUACAGUCCAGAAAAGCCGAAGUUCCGCCCAGGUGAGCGUCCAUCUCAAGUCAGACCAGAGGAUAACCUGAAACCAGAGGGCGAAUUCUACACUCCCGAUAAGCCUGGAUAUCGUCCCGCAGAGCGACCAGUUCAAAAGAGACCUGUGGAUAAUCUUAGGCCUGAGGGUGAGUUUGUUGCACCUGAAAAACAAGUUUUCCGGCCAGCUGAAAAAACGGAAAGGGUAAUCAGAAAAGAUAACCUGCGUACCGAAGGGGAAAUGACAUUUGUGGAGAAGGAAGAGUAUCAGUAUGUAGUUCGUCCUGAACAGGUUAAGCCGACAGAUAAUCUUAAGCCUGAAGGCGACUUCUACACUCCCGAUAAGCCUGGAUACAGACCAGCCGAACGUCCAGAGCAGGUUAGGCCUACGGAUAAUCUUAAACCUGAAGGCGAAUUCUACAGUCCAGAAAAGCCGAAGUUCCGCCCAGGUGAGCGUCCAUCUCAAGUCAGACCAGAGGAUAACCUGAAACCAGAGGGCGAAUUCUACACUCCCGAUAAGCCUGGAUAUCGUCCCGCAGAGCGACCAGUUCAAAAGAGACCUGUGGAUAAUCUUAGGCCUGAGGGUGAGUUUGUUGCACCUGAAAAACAAGUUUUCCGGCCAGCUGAAAAAACGGAAAGGGUAAUCAGAAAAGAUAACCUGCGUACCGAAGGGGAAAUGACAUUUGUGGAGAAGGAAGAGUAUCAGUAUGUAGUUCGUCCUGAACAGGUUAAGCCGACAGAUAAUCUUAAGCCUGAAGGCGACUUCUACACUCCCGAUAAGCCUGGAUACAGACCAGCCGAACGUCCAGAGCAGGUUAGGCCUACGGAUAAUCUUAAACCUGAAGGCGAAUUCUAUAGUCCCGAAAAGCCGAAGUUCCGUCCUGGUGAACGUCCAUCUCAAGUCAGACCGGAGGAUAACCUGAAACCAGAAGGCGAGUUCUACACUCCCGAUAAACCUGGAUACAGACCAGCCGAACGUCCAGAGCAGGUUAGGCCUACGGAUAAUCUUAAGCCUGAAGGCGAAUUCUACAGUCCCGAAAAGCCGAAGUUCCGUCCUGGUGAACGUCCAUCUCAAGUCAGACCAGAGGAUAACCUGAAACCAGAAGGCGAGUUCUACACUCCCGAUAAACCUGGAUACAGGCCAGCUGAGCGUCCCGAGCAGGUUAGGCCUACAGAUAAUCUUAAGCCUGAAGGCGACUUCUACACUCCCGAUAAACCUGGAUACAGACCAGCCGAACGUCCAGAGCAGGUUAGGCCUACGGAUAAUCUUAAACCUGAAGGCGAAUUCUACAGUCCAGAAAAGCCGAAGUUCCGCCCAGGUGAGCGUCCAUCUCAAGUCAGACCAGAGGAUAACCUGAAACCAGAGGGCGAAUUCUACACUCCCGAUAAGCCUGGAUAUCGUCCCGCAGAGCGACCAGUUCAAAAGAGACCUGUGGAUAAUCUUAGGCCUGAGGGUGAGUUUGUUGCACCUGAAAAACAAGUUUUCCGGCCAGCUGAAAAAACGGAAAGGGUAAUCAGAAAAGAUAACCUGCGUACCGAAGGGGAAAUGACAUUUGUGGAGAAGGAAGAGUAUCAGUAUGUAGUUCGUCCUGAACAGGUUAAGCCGACAGAUAAUCUUAAGCCUGAAGGCGACUUCUACACUCCCGAUAAACCUGGAUACAGACCAGCCGAACGUCCAGAGCAGGUUAGGCCUACGGAUAAUCUUAAACCUGAAGGCGAAUUCUAUAGUCCCGAAAAGCCGAAGUUCCGUCCUGGUGAGCGUCCAUCUCAAGUCAGACCGGAGGAUAACCUGAAACCAGAAGGCGAGUUCUACACUCCCGAUAAACCUGGAUACAGACCAGCCGAACGUCCAGAGCAGGUUAGGCCUACGGAUAAUCUUAAGCCUGAAGGCGAAUUCUACAGUCCCGAAAAGCCGAAGUUCCGUCCUGGUGAACGUCCAUCUCAAGUCAGACCAGAGGAUAACCUGAAACCAGAAGGCGAGUUCUACACUCCCGAUAAACCUGGAUACAGGCCAGCUGAACGUCCAGAGCAGGUGAAGCCUACGGAUAAUCUUAAACCUGAAGGCGAAUUCUACAGCCCCGAAAAGCCGAAGUACCGUCCUGGUGAACGUCCAUCUCAAGUCAGACCGGAGGAUAACCUGAAACCAGAGGGCGAAUUCUACACUCCCGAUAAGCCUGGAUACAGACCAGCCGAGCGUCCAGAGCAGGUCAAACCAACAGAUAAUCUUAAACCUGAAGGCGACUUCUACAGUCCAGAAAAGCCGAAGUUCCGCCCUGGUGAGCGUCCAUCUCAAGUCAGACCAGAGGAUAACCUGAAACCAGAAGGCGAGUUCUACACUCCCGAUAAACCUGGAUAUAGGCCAGCUGAACGUCCAGAGCAGGUUAGGCCUACGGAUAAUCUUAAACCUGAAGGCGAAUUCUACAGCCCCGAAAAGCCGAAGUACCGUCCUGGUGAACGUCCAUCUCAAGUCAGACCGGAGGAUAACCUGAAACCAGAGGGCGAGUUCUAUACUCCCGAUAAACCUGGAUAUAGGCCAGCUGAGCGGCCAGUUCAAAAGAGACCCGUGGAUAAUCUUAAACCUGAGGGCGAGUUUGUGGCGCCAGAAAAGCAAGUGUUCCGGCCAGCUGAGAAAACAGAAAGAAUCAUCCGAAAGGAUAACUUACGUACCGAAGGGGAAAUGACAUUUGUGGAGAAGGAAGAGUAUCAGUAUGUAGUUCGUCCUGAACAGGUUAAGCCGACAGAUAAUCUUAAGCCUGAAGGCGACUUCUACACUCCCGAUAAACCUGGAUACAGACCAGCCGAGCGUCCAGAGCAGGUCAGACCGACAGAUAAUCUUAAGCCUGAAGGCGAAUUCUACAGUCCAGAAAAGCCGAAGUUCCGUCCUGGUGAGCGUCCAUCUCAAGUCAGACCAGAGGAUAACCUGAAACCAGAAGGCGAAUUCUACACUCCCGAUAAACCUGGAUACAGGCCAGCCGAACGUCCAGAGCAGGUUAGGCCUACAGAUAAUCUUAAACCUGAAGGCGAAUUUUAUAGUCCAGAAAAGCCAAAGUACCGUCCAGGUGAGCGUCCAUCUCAAGUCAAGCCAGAGGAUAACCUGAAACCAGAAGGCGAGUUCUACACUCCCGAUAAACCUGGAUAUAGGCCAGCUGAGCGGCCAGUUCAAAAGAGACCCGUGGAUAAUCUUAAACCUGAAGGCGAGUUUGUGGCGCCAGAAAAGCAAGUGUUCCGGCCAGCUGAGAAAACAGAAAGAAUCAUCCGAAAGGAUAACUUACGUACCGAAGGGGAAAUGACAUUUGUGGAGAAGGAAGAGUAUCAGUAUGUAGUUCGUCCUGAACAGGUUAAGCCGACAGAUAAUCUUAAGCCUGAAGGCGACUUCUACACUCCCGAUAAACCUGGAUACAGACCAGCCGAGCGUCCAGAGCAGGUCAGACCGACAGAUAAUCUUAAGCCUGAAGGCGAAUUCUACAGUCCAGAAAAGCCGAAGUUCCGUCCUGGUGAGCGUCCAUCUCAAGUCAGACCAGAGGAUAACCUGAAACCAGAAGGCGAAUUCUACACUCCCGAUAAACCUGGAUACAGGCCAGCCGAACGUCCAGAGCAGGUUAGGCCUACGGAUAAUCUUAAACCUGAAGGCGAAUUCUACAGUCCAGAAAAGCCGAAGUUCCGUCCUGGUGAGCGUCCAUCUCAAGUCAGACCGGAGGAUAACCUGAAACCAGAGGGCGAAUUCUACACUCCCGAUAAACCUGGAUACAGACCAGCCGAGCGUCCAGAGCAGGUUAGGCCUACGGAUAAUCUUAAACCUGAAGGCGAAUUCUACAGUCCAGAAAAGCCGAAGUUCCGCCCAGGUGAGCGUCCAUCUCAAGUCAAGCCAGAGGAUAACCUGAAACCAGAAGGCGAGUUCUACACUCCCGAUAAACCUGGAUAUAGGCCAGCUGAGCGGCCAGUUCAAAAGAGACCCGUGGAUAAUCUUAAACCUGAAGGCGAGUUUGUGGCGCCAGAAAAGCAAGUGUUCCGGCCAGCUGAGAAAACAGAAAGAAUCAUCCGAAAGGAUAACUUACGUACCGAAGGGGAAAUGACAUUUGUGGAGAAGGAAGAGUAUCAGUAUGUAGUUCGUCCUGAACAGGUUAAGCCGACAGAUAAUCUUAAGCCUGAAGGCGACUUCUACACUCCCGACAAACCUGGAUACAGGCCAGCCGAGCGUCCAGAGCAGGUUAGGCCUACGGAUAAUCUUAAACCUGAAGGCGAAUUCUACAGUCCCGAAAAGCCGAAGUUCCGUCCUGGUGAGCGUCCAUCUCAAGUCAGACCAGAGGAUAACCUGAAACCAGAAGGCGAGUUUUACACUCCCGAUAAACCUGGAUACAGGCCAGCUGAACGUCCAGAGCAGGUUAGGCCCACGGAUAAUCUUAAACCUGAAGGCGAAUUCUACAGUCCCGAAAAGCCGAAGUUCCGUCCUGGUGAGCGUCCAUCUCAAGUCAGACCAGAGGAUAACCUGAAACCAGAAGGCGAGUUCUACACUCCCGAUAAACCUGGAUACAGGCCAGCUGAACGUCCCGAGCAGGUGAGGCCUACGGAUAAUCUUAAACCUGAAGGCGAAUUCUACAGCCCCGAAAAGCCGAAGUACCGUCCUGGUGAACGUCCAUCUCAAGUCAGACCGGAGGAUAACCUGAAACCAGAGGGCGAAUUCUACACUCCCGAUAAACCUGGAUACAGACCAGCCGAACGUCCAGAGCAGGUUAGGCCUACGGAUAAUCUUAAACCUGAAGGCGAAUUCUACAGUCCAGAAAAGCCGAAGUUCCGCCCUGGUGAGCGUCCAUCUCAAGUCAGGCCAGAGGAUAACCUGAAACCAGAAGGCGAGUUCUACCAUCCCGAUAAACCUGGAUAUAGGCCAGCUGAGCGGCCAGUUCAAAAGAGGCCUGUGGAUAAUCUUAAACCUGAGGGCGAGUUUGUGGCGCCAGAAAAGCAAGUGUUCCGGCCAGCUGAGAAAACAGAAAGAAUCAUCCGAAAGGAUAACUUACGUACCGAAGGGGAAAUGACAUUUGUGGAGAAGGAAGAGUAUCAGUAUGUAGUUCGUCCUGAACAGGUUAAGCCGACAGAUAAUCUUAAGCCUGAAGGCGACUUCUACACUCCCGAUAAGCCUGGAUACAGACCAGCCGAACGUCCAGAGCAGGUUGGGCCUACGGAUAAUCUUAAACCUGAAGGCGAAUUCUACAGUCCCGAAAAGCCGAAGUUCCGUCCUGGUGAGCGUCCAUCUCAAGUCAGACCGGAGGAUAACCUGAAACCAGAGGGCGAGUUCUACACUCCCGAUAAACCUGGAUACAGACCAGCCGAACGUCCAGAGCAGGUUAGGCCUACGGAUAAUCUUAAACCUGAAGGCGAAUUCUACAGUCCAGAAAAGCCAAAGUACCGUCCAGGUGAGCGUCCAUCUCAAGUCAAGCCAGAGGAUAACCUGAAACCAGAAGGCGAGUUCUACCAUCCCGAUAAACCUGGAUAUAGGCCAGCUGAGCGACCAGUUCAAAAGAGGCCCGUGGACAAUCUGAAACCAGAGGGCGAGUUUGUGGCGCCUGAAAAGCAAGUGUUCCGACCGGCAGAAAAAACGGAAAAGGUCAUCCGAAAGGAUAACUUGCGUACCGAGGGGGAAAUGACGUUUGUGGAAAAGAAAGAGUAUCAAUAUGUUGUUCGUCCUGAGCAGGUAAAGCCGACGGAUAAUCUUAAGCCUGAAGGCGAAUUCUACAGUCCAGAAAAGCCGAAGUUCCGCCCAGGUGAGCGUCCAUCGCAAGUCAGACCAGAGGAUAACCUGAAACCAGAGGGUGAAUUCUACACUCCCGAUAAACCUGGAUAUCGCCCCGCAGAACGGCCAGUUCAAAAGAGGCCCGUGGACAAUCUGAAACCAGAGGGCGAGUUUGUGGCGCCUGAAAAGCAAGUGUUCCGACCGGCAGAAAAAACGGAAAAGGUCAUCCGAAAGGAUAACUUGCGUACCGAGGGGGAAAUGACGUUUGUGGAAAAGAAAGAGUAUCAAUAUGUUGUUCGUCCUGAGCAGGUAAAGCCGACGGAUAAUCUUAAGCCUGAAGGCGAAUUCUACAGUCCAGAAAAGCCAAAGUUCCGCCCAGGUGAGCGUCCCACGCAAGUCAGACCAGAGGAUAACCUGAAACCAGAGGGCGAGUUCUAUACUCCAGAGAAACCUAGGUAUAAGCCUGUUGAAAGACCUAAGCAGAAGAAACCGCAAGAUAAUUUAAAACCUUUGGAAGGUGUUAUGUUUACUCCGGAAAAACCCAAAUACCAGCCAGCAGAUCGACCUGAGCAAAAGAAACAUGUGGAUAACUUGAAGCCUGAGGGCCAAAUGUAUAUUCCUGAAAAAGAAACAUUUAAACCAGCUGAAAAGGUGAAAACAAUUAUAAGAAAGGACAACUUAAAGACCGAGGGUUCAAUGACGUUCACUAAAAAAGAAGACUAUCGUCACGUCAAGAGACCCGAACAAGUGAAGCCAAGCGAUAACUUAAGGUCUGAAGGAGAAUUCUAUACGCCCGAGAAGACGACCUUCAAGCCUGCGGAACGACCAAUUCAAAAGAAACCUAAGGACAACUUGAAGACAGAGGGUGAAUUUUACAAAAGAACUGAUAGAACUGAAACCGACAGCACAACGACGGUAAUAGAGAAGAGAGAGCCUGCCAAGCGACCGGUAGAUAACUUAAAGUUAGAAGGUUCCAUGACAGUGACUAGAAAGGAUGAUUACAAAUCAACUACCAAUAAAACCGCCGUCGAUCGAGUUCAGCGUACACAGAAGUACAAGCACAACAGUUCAUCCAUCAGCUUGGGUAGCGAUACUACAAUUUUAAAGACAACGAACCAGAUGAACUUUGUGUCCGGCAAGGAUGCAAUAAAGCAAGUGGAUUCCAACAGCCAGGCUCCAGUAGAUGGCCUGAUUAUUGUUUCAACGAAAAAGGUCACAACUGUUGUCGGUGGCCGAACCAAAAAGGAGCCAGAAACCGAAUAUGUGAAGCGACCAGCUAAAAUAAAUGUUAUCGAGAAUGUGUCCAAAAAUACGACCACAACAAAUAUCGAAAACACACAAAACGUACACAAGGAAACAACGUCGAUGCAAAGAAAUCUCAAUGUUGUGGAGAAGAGUGCACUCAAAACAGAGCAAAUCCGUGGCUCAACGGAUGACAGCAGCGCCCUUCAGACCUCCACAAUAACAAGACGAACAAACCAAGGUGGCACGUCGACCAACAACGUGACCGAAACUGGAGGUACAACACAUCAUGUAGUCUCAUCAGGCAGAACAGAUACCAACAACUUGACAGCAUCUGGAGGGUCAACAACUCACGUAGUCUCGGGCAGGACAGUUACCAGGAACGUGACCGAAACUGGAGGAUCUACGGCUCGCAUAGUCUCAGGCAGGCUAGUUACCAGGAAUGCAACUGAAACCGGAGGUUCAACAUCCCAUAUAGUCUCGGACAACACAGCUACGAAUAAUGUCAGCAAUGGAUCCACGUCUCAUGUGGUCGGUGGCAGCAGCUCGGUGAUCAACAACACGACCAGCAGCUCAACUUCGCAGAUGAGCUCAUCAAAGCAUUUCCAUCACAGGAAGAGCGAGUUUUCCUCGGAGGCUGAUGUGUCCAACUCGGUAUUCCAUCGCAAGAACGUGACAACGGACUCGAGUGCGGUCAACGGCAGUCUAACCUCUAACGGAAAAAUGCAGCGCAAGAGUAUUCUGAACCUGCACGAGCAGGCGCCGAGCAGCAAUGCCCAUUCGAGUGAUCGCCAGAGCUAUAGUAGCAUCCAUCGUCAGAAUCGGGAAUCGGAUUUGAAUACUGGCUACGCCACGGAUCGUCGCAGUUGCAGCAUACACAAGGAAAACAAGGAACAUCAAGUGAAGACCUCCUCGUCUUCCUCAUCCAUGUCGCGCAUCAUAUCCGGUGCUGAUACGAACAGAUCGAACCUGGAGAGAUCGACGGUCACACGCACAUAUGCAUCGGGCGGCAUUGAUUUCCCAUCUCAAUCUCAGAGUGAGCGUCAUGUGACACGUCAUCGCAGCGCUGGUAGCCAGCAUUUGUCCAGCGGCAUAGAUUUCCCCUCCUCAUCUGCCUACAAUGCCCAUGGCCAGAGCGAACGGAUUGUGAGCUCGCGUCGCGGCAAUCAAUCCUCGAUUAGUCUGGGCAACGACAAGUUUACCGGCUCCAGUCUCUACAAGAGCGAAUACAUAACUGCCCCAACAACAACAACCUGUGCUGUGCAUAAGAUUAAACAAGGUGCAUUCCAACAUACCAGAAGUACUCACGAUCAUAAAUUCUAUAAAACCUCUAACUGAAUAAUAUAUGAAAUCGUCUGAACGUACGUCUUGUCUUGUCUUCAUAACAUAUCACACAUAGCGCCUAAGUUUCCAUGACAAUAUUUUUUUAUACAAUAUCUAAUUACCUGAAAAGAUAAAAACAAAAUAUUCAAUUUUAAGAUUAACCAAUAAAGAGCAUAUCAUUUUUUC